AUGUCAAGACGACUUGGUCUCCUCGUCGCAGUCACUCUUUUCCAAUGCUAUUGUUUAGGUUUGUCUCCUUAUCAACGAGAACUACAUCAUCGAAGGAGUCUUGGAGUACGGGACGAUAGUCAGUUGUCGUCUGCAUCGUGGAUAUGGACGUCGCAACGCACAAUAGGCAAUGUCGCUUUUACUAGAGCAUUCAGCCCUUCUUCUGGCAAGACUGCCGCCGCUGCGACAUUCUACAUAACGGCGGUGAAUCAAUUCACACUCUGGGUCAAUGGUCAACCUAUCGGCCAGUCGGGAAGUGGGGCAGACGAUUGGAAGGCAGUCCAUUACUUUGGAGCGGAACUAAAUACGACCAGCAACACUUUCUCCGUCCUCGCAUUUAAUCAGAAUAAUGCUAACAGUCCCACACCUGGUCUUAUUGCUGCCAUUCAUAUUCAAUAUGCCGACAACUCUAACGACCUCCUCGUUUCGGACUCUCAGUGGCUGGUUUCUCCUACCAUUCCGCCAAAUUUUCCAUCCUCUUCUUCCGGCUCGUUUUCCCCUGCGACAGUCGUCGAAUCCGGCGGACUAAGUGGCAGUCUUUCAAUUCCUCCCCCUCCUACAUCACCGCCAUAUGCACCAAUCAAAAUAUGGUCAACGGCCCAUGCAGACUCUGAUGCUCCUGUCGGAACUGUAGGGUUUCGCAAGACUUUCUCUGCUGCGCCAGAUGCAAGCAGCGCAACUAUUUACAUCGUCUGCGACAACAGCUUCAGACUGUAUCUCAAUGGGGUUUACAUUGGUGCUCCCCCAAACGUGCCCAGCAUUCCAAACUACCAUCGCGUCCAGAAAUUCUCGUCUCUUGGUAUACAUUCUGGUGCCGCAAACAUCGUCACGUUGUUUGGAUCCAACAUACCCAACCCAGGCUCUACUGAUGCAGGGCCUGCUGCUCUUGCUGCUGUCAUCGUUAUCAACAACGCAGAUGGAUCCGACACAGUCAUUAGUACCGAUACGACCUGGCUUUGUGGCGCUUUCUCUAGUGAUUCAUCUUUUCUCGCUCUUCCAGACUCCGCGUUAGCUGGUGCAUUUGGGUUUGGAACAUUGGACUUUACUCCGGUUUUUGGAGGCGCUGUUACUGGGGUCUCCGAUGUGCUUGCCGCAAACAAGGUGCCUGUAGGACCGUUCGAAGCUGGAAUUGUAUCUGGGACUUCUUCACAGGCGAAUGGAAAUGUGCAAGGCAGCCAAUCAGGUGCUUCAGCUCCUCUGACUGUCAAUGGGACCGUUUUCAGGUCGACUGUGACCGUUGUGGACAGCAUAUCCCGAUUCAUCUCGGUAACGGGCCCGUCCAGCUCGCAAUCUACAAACCAAGGUGGAGGUACAGCUGGGGGCAGCAAUAACGUCAAGAGCCACAAAAGCUCAACUGGCUUGAUCAUCGGCGUUGUUGUCGGUGUGCUGGUUUUAAUCGGCCUUGCUCUUGGGACUCUUUUGGCCCGAAGACUGCGCCGCACUCGCUCGGUUACUCAAAGCGCUGCUCAUUCCUCCAACAUGACUUAUGUCGAGCCAAACAUCCCCGCUAUUGAGCCGUAUCGACACACGUCGGACUGGGAAGCUCGAAGUCAACUAGUCGCAGGCCAGCUUACUAGUACUCGGGAAAGUGGUUCAAUGACAUCUUCGACUGCUCUCCCGUCCAAGCUGGAGCGCGAGCGUCUCAACAAUGCUGACCCCACCACUGAUCCCAAUUCGACAACUCCCGUUGUUCGCGCCUCAUUUGUAUCUCUCGACGCUUAUAGUGUCAUUACCUCUGCUCCACCUCCUAGCUACUCCGAACGGUCAUAA